AUGGCAUCAACCAAGCCAGUAAACGUACUCGAGGUUUGCCACGUUAGUCCGUCUUCUACCUCACCCGAGUCAAGCACCGAGCUAUAUCUGCCUCUAAUCUUCUCUGAUAUCUUCAACCUCAAAUUCCCUCCGGUUCAAGGCAUCUUUUUCUAUAAACUCACUGAGUUAACCCCUACUUUCUUUAACUCCGUAAUUCUUCCCAAGGUCAAGCACUCACUCUCUUUAACUCUUUCCCACUUCCGUCCUCUUGCCGGUAACCUCACAUGGCCUGCAAAUUCCAUCAAACCCGUCAUUACGUACAAUACUCCAGAUGAUGGUAUUAAACUUACAGUUGCCGAGUCCAGUGCAGACUUUGACCAUCUCUGUAGUGAAGUGCAUGAUGCUAUUGAGUCACAUCAUUAUGUGCCAGAUGUAUCAAUAUCUGAUACUAUAGCAUCUACACUUGCUAUUCAGAUCACUUUAUUUCCAAAUAAAGGUUUUUGCAUCGGCCACACCACUAACCAUGCUGUUCUUGAUGGCUUGAGCGUAUCCUUUUUCAUGAAUGCAUGGGCUCGCAUUUGCAGACAGUUAGUCGAUGAAAAAAUGGAAAUCCCUAGCUUGUUACCGGAAGAACUAGCCCCGUUUUUCAAUCGAACAGUUGUUCAGGAUCCUGAAGGGCUAGACAUGUGGUACUUGAAUUUCUGGCUGGGAGUAAAACUUCCAGGUUCCGAUGACAAUACUAGAAGUUUGAAGCCUUUUCCAUUUCCAGAAACUCCACCAAACCUGGUAAGAACAACGUUCGAACUCUCUUGUGAAGAUAUACAGCAGCUUCGGGAAACGGUAAAGUCUCAACUGGAUAAUUUUGGAUCCAAAGAGGAAACAAAUCAAACAAAGCCAAUAUAUUUGUCGACUUACGUGCUUGUAUAUGCAUAUACGUUGGUUUGCAUGCUUGAAGCAAAAGGCUUAAAUAGCAAUGAUAAGAUUAAAAUCUUGAUUACGGUAGACUGUAGAUCCCGUUUAAACCCUCCAUUACCUAAGAAUUAUAUUGGUAAUUGUGUUAGCUCCUUUGAUGUGGUUGUGGAAGGAGAAGAUCUAAUGAAAGAGAAUGGGGUUGCGUAUGUUGCGAAGAGGCUUACUGAGAUGAUAAAAGGAUUAGAGAAUAGAUCAGUUUUUGAGGGAGCAAAGGAGAGGUUACCAUACAAUGACUGGGAACCAGAUAUUCGACAGGUUCGAGCUUCUGGGACAAACCGAUUUGGGAUGUAUGGGGCAGAUUUUGGAUGGGGGAAGCCAAGCAAUGUGGAGGUUACGACCAUAGAUAGAGUGGAUGCCUUUUCUAUAAUGGAGAGCAAAGACGAAAGUGGUGGAGUUGAAGUUGGUUUAGUCUUGAAGGAGCAUGAGAUGAAACUAUUCGGUUCUCUAUUUGCCAGUGGCCUUCGAUGUAAACUGUAA